AUGGUGGCAGACACAAAACUUUAUGAUACUCUUGGUGUGUCGCCAGAUGCCACACCAGCACAGCUGAAAAAGGCAUACCGUAAGAUGGCCCUCAAAUACCAUCCAGAUAAAAACCACGAGCCCGGAGCAGCUGAGAAGUUUAAGGAUAUUACGAGUGCAUAUCAAGUCUUGAGUGAUGACAGAAAGAGAGAAAUAUACGAUCAGGUUGGGGAGGAAGGUUUGAAGGGUAACGGAGGAAUGGGUGAUAUGGGAGGUAUGGAUGGCUCCGAUAUCUUCUCGCAGUUCUUCGGUUUUGGUGGUGGAAGACAGAGCCAGGGUCCAAAGAAGGGUAAAGAUAUUAGACAUACAGUUAGCUGCACUCUUGAGCAGUUGUACAAGGGAAGAACAGCUAAGCUGGCCUUGAACAAGACGGUGAUCUGCAAGGCCUGUAAUGGUAAAGGUGGUAAGAACGUGAAGAAGUGUGCCACAUGUAAUGGUACGGGUAUGAAGUUUGUGACGAGGCAGAUGGGUCCAAUGAUUCAGAGAUUCCAGACAACCUGUGAUGUUUGUCAUGGUGAGGGUGACAUUAUGAACGAGAAGGACAGAUGUGGCAAGUGCCAUGGUAAGAAGGUUAUCGAGGAGAGGAAGAUCCUUGAGGUUCACAUCAAUCCUGGUAUGAAGGCAGGUGAAAAGAUUGUUUUCCACGGUGAAAGUGACCAGUAUCCAGACACGAUUGCCGGUGAUGUCAUUAUUGUGGUUGAUGAGAAGCCAGACAAGACUUUCACGAGAAAGGGCGACGAUUUGUACUAUGAGGCCAAGAUUGACCUUUUGACAGCAUUGGCGGGCGGCCAGAUUGGAUUCAAGCAUCUCAACGGUGAUUUCUUGAAGCUUGAGCUUGUUCCUGGUGAAGUUAUUGCACCGGAGAGCGUCAGAGUUCUCGAAGGUAAAGGUAUGCCUAUUGAAAAAAUGGGUGAUUACGGUAACUUGUUCGUGAAGUUCACCGUGAAAUUCCCACCAAACCACUUUGCCAGCGAGCAGCAGUUGAAGAAUCUCGAGAAGAUUCUUCCUGCCAGACCAAAGCUCCAGAUUCCAAAGGGUGCUGAAGUUGAUGAUUCUUGUCAGCUUGUGGAUUAUGAUCCGGUGAAACAUAGCGGCAGAAAGUCACGUGCUGGAAACGGAUAUUACGAGGAGGACGAUGAGGCUGGUGGUCAGCCUAAUGUUCAGUGUUCUCAGCAGUAA